UCCACGCUACUAUUUAGAGAAUGUUUUAACUUGACUCUUCUCAUUUUCUUAGUGAGCUUGUACACAUCCCUUGUCCUUUUUAAUCACAUCUUAUCCAUUUUUAUGUUUAAACUAGCUGAUUUUGAAUCUGAUUGAGUUAGCUUCUCUUACUUCCUAUUUUCUUUAUAGUGUCAUGCAAUAUUGAUGUUUUAUUAUAUGUUUUUUUUAGUUAACAAAUGGAUCUUAGAGUAGUUGACACUUCAGUUCUUUUACGAAAACGUAAAAGAAAUGAAGAAGAAGAAGAGGCAAAAUUGCAGGAGCAAAUAGCAUUCAUUGUUGCUAGUGUCAUUGCUAUGCUUUUAGGUGUAGUAGCUUGGUAUCAUGAGAUGCAUUUUGUUAAGGAACCGUCCCGAAAUUGGGAAUUGGAAAGAAGCAAUUUCCUUAAUCGUCUGUAUAGAGGAACCGAAAGUGACUGCAUUGAACAGUUAAGAGUCAGUAAAAGGGCAUUUUUUAAACUUUGUGGAAUUUUACAAGAUAAAGGACAGUUGGUAAGGACAAGAAAUGUCCCAACGAUUGAAGCAGUGGCAAUGUUUUUGCAUAUCCUUGCUCACAACCUAAAGUAUAGAGUAGUGCACUUUACCUAUUAUAGAUCCAAAGAAACAAUAAGUAGGCAAUUCAACAAUGUCCUACGAGCUGUAAUGAAAGUGAGUGGGGAAUAUUUGAAGUUUCAAGACCAUAAUAAUCUAGAGGGCUCUGAGGCAUACAAAUGGAGAUGGUUUCAGAAUUCGAUUGGAGCACUUGAUGGGACACAUAUUCCAGUAACAGUGGCAGCAGAAGAUAAACCUAGAUACCGUAAUAGAAAGGGUGACAUCUCUACGAAUGUGUUAGGGGUUUGUGGUCCAGAUUUAAAGUUUAUUUACGUGUUACCUGGUUGGGAAGGCUCGGCAGGAGAUUCACGAGUAUUGCGAGAUGCUUUACGUCGUCAAAAUCACCUUCAAAUUCCGAAUGGUAAAUACUUUCUGGUCGACGCAGGAUAUACAAAUGGCCCAGGAUUUUUAGCACCUUAUCGAGGGACUAGAUAUCAUCUCAAUGAGUGGAUUGGAAACACCCCUCAAAACUACAAGGAGUUGUUCAAUCUCCGUCAUGAAAGUGCAAGGAAUGUAAUUGAAAGAUCAUUUGGGAUAUUGAAAAAACGAUGGAGUAUAUUAAGAACUCCAUCUUUUUUUGAUAUAAAAACACAAAUAAGAAUGAUUAACGCUUGUUUCGUACUGCACAAUUUUAUAAGAGAUGAACAACAAUAUGACCCAAUUUUAGAGGUCCAAGACUUGGAGCUUUUAUCGGUUGUUGAUGAAGAGUUAACCAAUCAACAUGGGGAAACAAUUACAAGUAAUGUUGCAAAUGAGAUCACAACUAUUCAAGUAUCUGAGGCAUGGACAACGUUUCGGGACACUUUAGCAAUGGAUAUGUUUGUUGAAUAUCAACAUAGAAGAAACUUAGUUUAGGGACAACAUGUUAUCAGUUGUCUUUGCUUUCUACCUUGUUCGCUGUUUCUAUUAUCUGUUUUUCCAUUUCUUAUGUUGUUUCUUGUUUAUUUCUGUA